AUGGCUACGAGACGGAUCAACGCGUCCGAGAGGACAAUCUUGGAAAAGGAUGAUGCUCAAAAUGAAAAGAGCGAUAUUAGCCCUGCCGUGCCACAACACGUCAUUAUGAAGUUGCUAGGCUUCACAUUUGCCAUGAUUGUUGUCCCAAUCGGUUCCUAUUUCCUGACUGUGCAUACGAUAUUUAAAGGCAACUCUUCAUGGGCAGGCGGUUUUGCCGCGUUGCUGGCCAACGUGGUGUUGCUGGGCUAUAUUAUAGUGGCUAUGAAUGAAGACGAUUCAGAAAACAUCAAGGCCAAGGCCAAGAAGAAUGAUUAG